UCUAUGAUGUGGAUGAUAUUUUAUUUAAAAAACAAGUGAACGAAAUUUUUUUUGGAAAAUUAAUUAACAUUAAUUUAAUUAAAAUUACUUGCGGCCACUUAUUGACUGGCACCCUAUUAUCUAUGUAUUAUCCUAUUCAUAAAUGUAUGUUAAAAUGUGAGUUUGAUUAACUACGCGAUGAACGUAGUGAUUUUGCAGCCGGAUCUCGUACUAUUAGUAAUAUUUUGUUUAUUUGAAAAGAUUAUAUGAGAUAUAAAUUAGUGGAUCAUAUUGUUUUAAGCAAAUCAUGUACCUGAAUUCUACAGUUAGGGAUAUUCAGUUAAAUUCACAGUAAUGGCGCUACGGAGUAAAACAAGUUUUGUUAUCCCAAGUGAUGACACUGUUGUGUGUUGCUUAUUUUCUAUUUCACCACAAGCAAGUAAUACGAAUUGGAGACAAUUAUGUACAGAAAUUAAUGAUUCGAUAGAAAAACUAACUCAGAAUUACAUAUGGCAUAGAGAUAAGUUCAGGUUUAGUAUCCCCAUCCAGGAGAAUAUAAUUGAAGGUACUCCUACACAUCUAGUGUCAUCAACAUGUUUUGGCGAUAAUAUUGAAGAUGAAUGGUUUAUAGUCUACAUUGUAUUCGAAAUAACAAAACAGUUUGAUGAUGUUAUAAUCCAAAUCCGUGACAGUGAUGGAGAAUUUCUGCUUAUAGAAGCAGCAGAUCAUUUACCUUGUUGGGCAAAUCCAGAAAGUACUGAAAAUCGGGUUUUUAUCUGGAAAAACAACAUUCACCUCAUUCCAAAAUUAGUUAAUACUAAUUCCGAUUUAAGUGUAGAAAAAGCAAUAAAUAUUAUUAAAUAUGACAAUAAAAGAACUCUAGCAUCAUUGGACAUUCAAAAUGCUAUUCAUGAACGAAUAAGUGGAUAUCCAGAUAAAAUUAUGAAUAGUAUACAUAAUGCUAUAGUUAAGUUACCUGUAGAUAUUGCUACACUGUUAUCUCUAAAACCAUCAUUAAUAGCACCGCUUGUAACUACAUUUUGCAAUCAUGAUCCAAUUGAUGCUAAAUCAUGUAGAGAUGUUAACUUUCAGAACUGCAUUGAUGUUAAAGUUAAGUUUACAAAAUGUUUGUAUGCAAUGCUAGUUCAUUCAAAAUUAACUCCCAGUCUGAAGAAAUAUAAAGUCAAUGAAAAUGACAAAAAAACCAGUCAUGGAUAUAAACUGACUUGUGGAUAUCAUAUGAUAAUGAAUAAAACAAAUGAUUUGUUCAUGUCUAAGGAGUUUAAUAAGUUUAUAAAUAGUUUAAAAAUUAAUGAAUAUUUUAAAGAUAAUUUGGAGGGCUCGAAAGACUAUACAAAAUUACUGGAAAACGCAAAGGAUUAUUUCCUACAAAUGGAAUGUCCAGUGAGCUCUUAUGUGGCUAACAACAUAACAAAUAUUAUGUGUUCUGAUGAGUUCUUUAAACAAAAGGAAACUAUGAAACUUAGUACCAAUGUAGACUUAUCUGAAGAUAAUGAUGACUGGCUAAAUAUCCAUCCAGACCAGUUGAAUGAUCUAUUGAAUAAACGCUAUGGCAAGACAGAAAAAUUUAAAAACAAUGAUAUAGUGACACCACAUUCUAUAAGUUCGAAAUUAUCCGACUUUCUCAAACAGACCUCUGGUUUUGAAGGGAUUGAACAAUCUGAAAGUAAAGAAGAAACAGUUCAUUUUGAACCUGAUGAUUUCGUUAAUUCCUUAGAAAAAAUGUUGAAUCUUCUCUCAUCUGGAAGAAUAGCAGAUCAAAGUAGUGAAAGUGAGCUUGAAGAUGAUUUUGAUUUGUCUGACGAUGAAAUGUCGCAAGAAAUAAAAAGAGAACUCCAACAUGAGAUAUUUCCUUCUGAUGACAGUCACAAUUUGAUUCUUGAAAAUAUCGUGCGAAGUGUGAAAGAAGAGCAAGGUUCAUCGGGCCCCUCCAGCACUAUACUCAGAUCCAUUGGUAUUAAUAAAACUGAUGUUUUGGAUUCCGAUGAUGACUGAAUAAAAUAAGUGCUUUAUGUAAUUAUUGUUUGUUUGUAAACUCUUUAUUGCACAUAAAAAUAAAUAUAACA